ACGCAAGUCAAUUUCAACCAAAAGAGCAUGGCGUUGUGGAACAAUGAGCUGGGAAAAACGUUUAUAGUUGCCGAAAUUGGACAGAACCAUCAAGGAUCGCUACAUACAGCCAAGCAAAUGAUAAAAGCAGCCAAGGACUGUGGUGCAGAUUGUGUAAAGUUCCAGCGAUCGAAUUUGAGCGAAAAAUUUACCGCCUCGGCUCUGGCACGCCCAUACACCGGACCUAACUCUUGGGGCAGCACGUACGGGGAGCAUAAGCAAUGGCUUGAGUUUUCGAUUGAUCAGUAUCGUGAGCUGCAAGCUUUUGCCGCUGAGAACGAUAUUGCUUUUACUGCGUCCGCCAUGGACGGAGCAUCGUACCGAGAGUUGGAAGAGCAGCUUUCUGUUCCGUUCAUUAAAAUCGGUUCGGGUGAUGCAGAUAACGUGCCAAUUCUGCGUUACGCAGCCAAUCGAUCUACUCCACUAAUCAUUUCUACUGGGAUGCUAGAUUGGGAUCAAAUUUGCACCAUUCACAUGAUGUUUCGCCAUCGUAAAGAUGUGGCAUUACUUCAUUGUGUUUCGUCCUAUCCGACGCGGGCGGAAGAUAGUAUGCUGCAAAUGAUUCCUUUAUUUCGGAGUCAUUUUCCUGAGCUUACCAUUGGCUAUUCGGGCCAUGAACUGGGUAUACAACUCACGGUAGCGAGUGUCGUUUUAGGUGCACAGGUAGUCGAACGGCACUUUACGUUGGACAAAUCAUGGAAAGGAACCGAUCAUAAAGCAUCGUUAAAUCCAGCAGAACUCACCCGCAUGGUUCGGUGCAUUAGGGUGGUCGAGAAAAAGCCGGGAAACAAGGAUAUAUGGACAGUAAUUGAACAAACACGAUCCGUGCUGGAAGAGGAUGAUUUUAAUGAAAGUGAGUUACUUGUCGCUUUGAAGGAGGUUUCCACCAACAACAGAAAGCUGUUGGAGUGUGAACGAUCUUGUCACGAUAAGCUGGGAAAAUCGUUGGUAUACGCUAACGAUGUCCGUUGCGGUGCUAUUCUUUCCGAGACAGACAUUCAAAUAAAAGUAAGUGAACCGAAAGGUUUGGCGCCACGGUGGUACGAUUCUGUUGUGGGAAAAAUGGUAAAGCAACCCGUUUUAAAGGAUAAUCCCGUUUUGGAGCAACAUUUUUGAAGAUUUAUUUGCAGAUCGCUCAGCUUACGACGAUAGAAUUGGGUAUUUUAUUAUG